AUACCAGGGUCCAUGGUUUACUCUUCUCUUGUUCUCCCCUCCUUUCCUACCAUCUCCUUAUCUGAAUCAGCUGAUUAUUGUUUUCGUAUUUCUAACGAAACAGACCGUUGCCGUAGUUAUGAUACGUGAUAUCUUUUAACGAACGUCGUUUCGGAACAUCCUCGUCGGUGCAUUUAACCAGGCAACGAGUUUGAUAAUUUGUCGUAAUUAGGAAUUGUACCGACGAGUUUAAUAUUUCGAAGAAGAAGAUUGACGUUUCGCGGGCGGGGUGACAUCAUUAUCGUUUUCUGGUUGUGUUGUGUCAGUCACUCGCAGAAUGACGCAGUAGAAGGUCGUCUCAGAGAUGGCGAACUUCCCAGUAUGAAAAUACAAUUUUAUGGCGAGGUACAAAUCUUAAGUUUGGGAAAAAAAAAUGUCUGCAGACUCUCCAAGGCGUGGUGCGCAUAAAGGAGUUCAAGUUGUAUCACCUCAACCAAUAGUCGACCGAUCAAUUAUAGACAGUGUUGCAGGAAUUAUUAAUGAUAUUGUUCCACAGGCUUAUGCUGGAACUCAAAGUUCUGAAAAUAAGGAGUCUAUAACAUGGGCAAGAUUUGAGUAUGCAGACAUUAAUGAUCCAGCCUUGUAUCCAGAUUACAAUGAAGGUUCUAAUACACCACCUUUAUUAUUGGUGCUUGGUUAUACAACUGGAGUUCAGGUCUGGUUAAUAACAGCAGCUGGAGAAGCAACUGAAGUGUUAUCAUGGCGUCAAGGAGUGGUUCGCACUCUGAGAAUUUUACCGAAUCCAAAGACUGAUGAUGAACAUGCUGAUCUGUUUGAGUUGAAACGGCCAAUGGUGGCAAUUUGUGAUUCAGCAGGACCUGGACCACAAUUUUGCAAUAUUAGUUUUAUUUCACUAAAAACUGGGGAACAAGUUAAAAGCAUCAAAUUUAAGAAUCCUGUUUGUGACAUUUUGGCAAAUAAGCGAUCCAUAGUAGUAACAUUUUUAGAAAAAAUUGCGGUAUUUGAUGCCAGAACAUUGGAUGAUGUAUUAACAGUUACCACCUGCUAUGCCAGUCCAGGUCCAAACCCAAACCCUGUUGCUUUAGGAACGAGAUGGCUUGCUUAUAGCGAGAAAAAGUUAUUGCCAGCGAAAAGAAGCAGUGGUGGUUGUGAAGGUGAAGGCGUUCAAAGUUAUACUGCAACUGUUCUUUACGCAGCGAAAUCAUUGGGCAAAGGUUUACGUGGUUUAGGGGAAACUGUUGCUUCAAGUUUAACUGGUAACUCGGUAUCGCCAGUAGUUAUUAAUAAUACAGGCAGUGACGUGACCCAGCCAGGAGUAAUUACGAUAUUAGAUUUACAAGCAGCAAAGGAGGAAAAUGAAUCGGACGAUGUAAAUAUGGAGACUAUAGUUGCUCAUUUUACUGCCCAUAGUGAUGCAAUCGUUGCCAUGACUUUUGACUUAAGCGGUGCACUAUUAAUGACCGCUGAUAAAAGGGGGCAUGAUUUCCAUGUAUUUAGAAUUCAACCACAUCCAGGUGGACCCACUUUGGCAGCAGUACAUCAUUUGUACAUUUUACAUCGUGGAGAUACUACUGCGAAAGUACAGGAUAUGGUGUUUUCAAGUGAUACCCGUUGGGUGUCCAUUUCUACUGUACGGGGUACUACUCACGUUUUCCCAGUAGCACCAUAUGGAGGACCGGUAGGAAUACGAACUCAUUCCACGCCUCAUGUUGUAAAUAGGCUUUCAAGAUUUCAUAGAAGUGCUGGUUUAAUGGAUGAUGGUACCAGAUCUCAUUCCCCUGUGUCUCAUACAGAAUUGCCUUUGUCAGUGUAUCCAUAUUCUAAUCCAAGACUUCCACCGUAUCCUCAUCCGACAAUUUUACAUCCUCUGGCGCAGAUACGACAGCCAUCUUCGUUGAACCAUGUAAACAGCCAAGUUCAACAAAGUAGACCGCAACAAAGACAACGAUUGCACUCAGACGAUAGUGGAACAUUACCAUUAAAAAUAUGUACUUGUUUCGCACCGCCAAGAGCUUGGAUGUAUGCACAAAGAGAAUCCACUGCAAAAGUUAUGAAGAGAGCAGUCGAUUCUUUGUUUAUCAUGGCGUGCCACGGAAAUUUGAUUCAGUACGAUUUAGAACCUAGACCAGCUGCAGGUGUACCAAAGGAAAAAGUAUGCGACGAUACAAUGAUAGAAUUAGAAGUUGAAGCUAAAGGCCAAUGGCCUCUCCUGAGAUCUCCAAACUCUUUAGAAAUUGUACCACCUUUGUCAACAUCUAGCCCUCUAUUGAGUGUUACUACUGUACCGAAAGACAUUCAAGACGGUGAUUUAGCAGAAGAUCGUUGGUUAAGUCAGGUAGAAAUCGUAACACACGCUGGUCCGCAUAGGCGACUUUGGAUGGGUCCUCAGUUUGUCUUUAAAACUUACAAUGCAACCAGCGGAGCUCCUGUGAACCUGGUUGAAGCAGAGGCAGUCGAAAUUGGAAUAACUGGUGGUUCUCGUCCAGCAAGAUCAAAUCCAGUCAACAUGCCGCAUGCUGCGUCUAGAUCAUUGGUACCCGUGGUUAUUGAUGGAUCAGGAAGCAGUUACGAACAAUCUCCAAGGUUCGUAGAAGCGUAUGGCGAUUCGUUAGAUAGUGAAAAUACUGGGGUCGGAGGUGGUGAGAAUCAGUUAAGAGAAGAUUUGGCAGAAGCUAUGCUGGAAACAUCGAUCGCGCCUCAUCGUGCACCAGGGAGGCGAUCGGUAUAUGAGAGGGUGGGUCAACCGGUAACUAAAGUCGUCAACCCUUUGGGCACCGUGAUUACUGUGUCGGCCGACGAGGAGGAUGUAAACUCCAGUCAGGAGUUUGACUCCGUGGAGGAGAGCUACAUGCCGGAGCCACGUAGGAGCGUGUGUGCCGAAGAAGGUCCGGCAUCUCUCGGCGAUCUCGAGCCAGAAAGCCAAACUCUGCGUGACCUCACUGAGAUCUGCGCGGAAAUGCGUGCAGCUAACGAGCCUGCGAUAGACAGUGUACCUGACGAGAACAUUCGCGAAGUGAAGGAGAGGAAGGCUCUUUGUGUCGAAAUCGCGGCUAUCAACGAACCAGGAAGCACCUGUAUUGAUUUCGGGAAGGAAGAAGCUUUUCAUGAUGUGCCGACUAGCUUGAGCCUCUGCGUUGAGCAAGGUGAGAUACCUAGUAGCCCUAUGACUCAGGCUAAACAAGCUGUUUGGUGUAAGAGAUUCGAUAAGAGAGCAGGCAAAGGUGCUCACGAGAGAAGUAUCUCUGAGGCCCAAUACGUGAUGAACUGCGACGAUGAAAGCGUCGUGUUGAUGGAAAAUAAACUAGCUCACGGGAAGAAAAACGUCUUAAUGCACUGUAAGGCAGAAAGCAAGAAGACUUACGAGUCUGAAAAACCUGCAAAAAAAUCGGGAGGAAAUGGAUGUAGAACAGAGACUAAAACAGUGAUGAAGAAAUACGUUCUUAAGGAGCACGAAGACAGCAUCGUGAUUGAAGAUACGGUUCGCGAAGAGUCUAAGUACAAUUGUAGUAAAAGAAAAGGUUGCGACAAGGAUACGGUUGAUAAAGAACCUGUAAAAGAGAUUGCAGGCAAAUCUAAAGGGAAAUCGAAGUCUUCCGUGAGUCAAGAAUGCAAAGAAACGAAAAUUGAGUGCAGUACAGAAAGUAAACCAAUUGUAGAACUAGAACGUAUAAAAGAAGAGGCUGACAAUAAUGACGAUUUUAAAUCAAUGAUUAAUGUUGACGUAAUAAUUAAAGAUAUAGAUAAAUACAAAUCACCGCCAUCAGAUUCAACCGAUGAUUUCAGUUCCAGCGAGUAUCACAUAGUCGAAACCGCUAGUUGUGGCAAGGAUAGUAUCCUAAUUCAAUCCGAUGAGGAUAUCGAGCACAUUCAAAGUUCCGAAUUACAUCAAUCUGAAUGUAUCGAUAGUGAUAAAUACGCGGACAUAAUAAGUUGCACGAGUUCUUCGCCUCUUAUGCAAAGGAAAAAUAGUAAAAACACCAUAUCUGAUGAUGACUUGGAAUACAUUCACUCUUCUGAGCUAAUCGAGGCUUCUAAUAAAGUGUGCAAGGAAGAUUUGAAGCAGGAAGCCAGCGAUACUGACUUGAUUACAAGUAAAAGUAAACAAGUGUUUUCUGAUGACGAUCUAGAACAUAUUCAGCACUCUGAUAUGUAUUCUGACUGUGUUAGAGAUGUUCCGGAAAAGAAAAAAUCUCAAGAGACGGAACAGCCGCCGAAAUCCAAGAGUUCGAAGAAAGUAAGGGACAUUGUAGUGAUUGAGAGCGAUACAUCAGCAGCUGAUGUGACAGUAAUCUUUAAACCAGUUGAAAGUUGGAAGAACAAGGGUACAGAGAAGAAAGAAGACCUUGAAGAAUGCACAACUGCAAAAGAAACAGUUCGUUCGCCUGUAAACGAAAGUACUAGUCCUCUGAGAACACCUAAGACUCGAUCUGCAAAAACUUCGCCUUCUAAUGUUGUUCCAAAACGGUCUCAAGUAGGAAUCGAGAUCAUUGAUAUUGACGCGAUGAAAAAAGCCGAGAUGGAGGUUUUCGUCGAUGUAACAUCUACUCCAGAAUGUCAGGUUUUACCUGGAUCUGAGGUCUGUGGAACUCGCUCAAGAAAAUCUCGAAAAAGUAAAAAAUCGUACGUUGAAAGUAACGUACAAAGUACUGCCGAUGUUCCAGCCGAGUCUGUGAAGGCUGUCGAAGAAACUGUAAAGGACUCGACUCAGGAAGAGGUUCCCGAAGUUUCAUGGAGCGCUGUCGUGAAGAAAAAAAGCGGUUCUCCAGUCGUGAAAUCUGAAAUGCGAAUAGAGGAUGAUAAACCUGUUAAGCUAGGAGAUACAAUGGAAUCAGUAGAGGUGGUGAAACGUACUCCUAUUUUGGAAAAGAUUGAUUCUAUUAAGAGAAAGGUACACGAGUCUCUGUCAAGGACGAACUCGCAGGUGAUUGAAAAGCUUCGAGAGGCUGUAACUGAACUAGAUUUUGAAGACCCUCCAGUUCAGACAGAAGUUUCUUGGAGUUCGAUUGUGAAAAAGAAGAAUGUCGAGCACGAAACUAAACAGGAUUUCGAUGUUGAUCCAGUGGUAGAAGAGUCGGAUAUCGAAAACCGGAAAAUUUGUCACAAACGCGUAGAAUCUUCAUCUAAAUCCUCGUCAAUGAUUGAGGAAUUGAGAGAGGCCGUUACAGAGCCAAACGUCGAAGAAGAAACUUCUACUCAGCCAGGCUCUUGGAGCUCAAUCGUAAAGAAGAAAAGUUCGGAAUCAACCUCACAGAGAAAUUCUGAAGAAAGGGCUCGUAAAAAACUACAUUCUCCCUCAGACUCGUUGGAAAUCGACAGCAAUCAAAAAUUUAAAUCGUCUUUGGACAAGAACUCCGAAAAUUUAGUUGCUGAAUCCAUCGAAGAAUCUUCGAAAUUCUCGAGUACGUCUGUUGAUCGAAUUUCUUCAAAAGAGAAGGAAAGUACGAAGUUGUCAGUUCAUUUAGCUUCAUUAGAAGAAAAGGAAAGUACAAAGCUUUUAAAGUUUGACGCUAAGAGCGAAAUUGUUGAGGAAACUUCGAGCGAGAAUAAGAGUUAUAGUAUCACGAAUCCCACAUUUUCGAAAGAAGAUUCCUCGGAACCUGAACGAGAUAUAGAGAAGAAGAGCGACUCUGAACAGGAGAUCAUACCAGAGCGUUCAAGUUCCUCAGACGAAAUGAAUGCAAACAUUGUGUUCACGCAUGCUGAGGGUGAUUAUUUGAAGAGUGAAACAGUGGAGAGAAACGUGAUGAGCGGCUCGAUCUCAGUUUGUGCUACGUCGAAGAAAGGCAACAGGUCGAAGAAAAAAAAACGCAGAUGAGUAGAGGAUUGCAUGGAUGUACCUAAGGCCAGCCUUGCCCUCUAUAUACUCCUAAUGCAAAUGACGGGAGCCGAUUAGCAGGAAUACAAUGCCAGAACAUUCUUCAGUUCUCGUUCGUCUGCUUAAAUCAUCUUACAGAAAGUUUCAAUUAUCCUGUAAGAGAGAAGGGGGGAUGGAACUAAAUACGUUUUGAUUCGGUAGCAACGAUGUCUGUAAUUUUCGUGUGCGUCAGAUUUCAUAUUUUUGAGAAUCUUUUCUAAAACAAAUCACAAGCUGUAUUAGAAAUACUGAUUAGAAUGCAUUGACUUAGCACUUAAACGGUCGGCCAUUAAUAUUCAUACGAUUUUUACAUUUUUCAAUAAUUAUUAACAACUUCUGAAAUAAGUAUUCAUUAGAAAAUCUAUUUUUGAGGACUUUAGACCUUUGUUUUAACUCUUUCGCCGUUACCAUAGUUAUUUGCUUCUGAUUGACUAUUAAAUAAAGAAAAUAAUUAAGAAAUUAACAUGAAGGAAUAGAAUUGAAUAAAACAAGUUAAAAUAAAUAUAAAAUAGGUCGAGCAGAUUAAAAUUCGUAAUGAAAUAAAUCAUGAAUCCGUGUGAUGAA